AUGUCGCACAUGGCUGCCUCUGGGCCGGCGAGUAAGUCCAGAGGUAAAAAGACUGCAAGCCAGCAUAUCGAAGGCCGCUCGCCUUACCAAAGUGCACGCAAUUAUGCUGCACGAGCAGGCGAGUGCGACUGCCUCCAUCUUACCUGGGCACGAGCUCAAACCUACCGUCAUAUGACAGCAGAGGAUCUUCGAUUUAAGAAGCGUGCAAAAACGGCUCAUGUCGUCGAUUCAGCCCCACUGCGCACGUUUGAAGACGAGAAUGAAGCGACCAAAGCAUCCUUGCAAUCGAAGCGUGGAGCCUCGAGUGCACAAUACUGCUCCUCUGUAGUUGUUCCUUCUUCGAGUGCUCGCACACGCAACAACAUAUUCAGCAAGCGAAGCCUAAAAGAUUCGUCAGACGAGGAGCUGCCAGACCUCCCAGCCCUUGGGGAAACGCGCGCAAAAGCAGAGCAAGCGGCGCUCGACGAGGAAUUGGCAGAUGAGCUUGCAGCGCUCCCUCCUUAUCGAGGAUCAAGUAUAUCGCCUCCGCCCGCUUUGCCUCCGCCUCUUUUACGACCACGUCCAACAGGCUCGCCUAAGGAGUCAAAGCGCCGGCGGAUUUCGCCGCCGCUCGUUGCGCACACAAUAAGCGAGGCUCCUCAACGGCCAGAUGUGGCGCUUAAGAAUCUCAGCGGCGCCAGAUCAAGAUCAGUGUCGUCUGUGCCUACGUCCAGCGGCUCCGCAGUCCAAAAGCGAUCUCGCGGUCAACCGAUCCCUGUGCCAGGAGGAGAAUACUCACAGCCAAAGCGAAGGUCCCCGCCGGAAGUACGGAAGAAGAAGCCCCUAGCGCCCCGUAUCGAUUCGUCGAGCGGAUCUGAGUCUGACAAGCGCUUUCGCAAUGCACCAGCCUCUGCAUCGCAGCCAAUUACGACCAGGGGCAACCCCAUUGCUGAUACGACGUUAGGCCAGCCCGUCAUGUCAAUUGCUCGAUCAGGCUAUAAGAUUCCAAAGAAGAAUACAAAUGGUACUUCUGCACAAAGCAGCGCCAGGCCGUUUCAUCUUACCCCACGAACGCAAGCACCUCCCGCACCUCAAGUGACCUCGCCAGAGCCCGAGGACGAUAUGGAUCUAGCACCACCUGAGGAGACUCAGCGCGACAGAAAUUGGUUUGCAAAACGACUCGAACAGAUCCAACGAGACGUCGAGACGCGGAUUGAGGAAGCCGUACGGCUGAAAAGGAAGGAGACCUUGGCCGAAAUCGAAGCAGAGGAUCAGGCCGAGGCGGAGGAAAGAGCGGCAGACGUGGCUGCUGCUGCUGCUGCUGCGCGAUCGCCGUCUCAUACGGAUAUCUCGUUAGAGAUUGACCCAUAUGGACUCGAUCGUAUCGAGCGAGAGGCUGCCCAUAGAAAAGCAGGAAUCGCCCGCAAGGCCUUAGAGCCUCUAGUUGACGAUGCCGACGACUUUGAACCCGGCAAGCGGUAUUGCCCCUUCUGCGACAAAGAGAUAAUGCAGACGAUGAGUGAGGAUGCAGAGAAGAUGCUUGCGCGGAUGCUACGGCGACGCGAUGCUACGAAGCGCUUGGGAACAGCAAAUCCGAAUCCUGUCAACAUACCGCCAAGAAUCUCUGGCGAAUUCUGCUACGUGCAUUUCAAAGAGUCGAUCACCAUUCCAAAGGGCCAAGCAGCUGGCUAUCCCAGUCCGGAGCAUUUCGAUUGGAACAACUUUGAGAAGCGGGUCGCGAAAACGCACAAGAAGCUGAUACUCGCUCUCAUAGAUGGUACGCAGCAAUCCGACUUCAAGGACGCAGCAGUACAUGAAUAUGUAACGAGGAAACGGCGGCUAGAUCCGUUCGCUAGCUUUGAGACCGAGAUACCUGGCUACUAUGGCACGCGUGGCUACGAAGGCAUCUACAAGGCCAUCCAGCUCAACUUUACAAUGAAGGGCAGAUUGAGAAGAGAGCAAGUCGAGCCGAUCGACCCGACGACAUUCAUGCGACGUGUUCUCAUCCCAGAGGUCGGCAUGGCACUUAUCAGGGAAGAUCUUGCCUGCUCGCGGGAGGAGUCGCUCAGGAUCUUAGAAGAAUCGAGAGAUUACGGCAUGGCAAUCAAUGUCAAUGUAGCUCCGCGCGAGGAGGGCGCACCGUCAGACUGGGACUACUCAGAUGACGAACCAUAG